AUGGCUUCGUGCACUGCGAUCGAGGAGUGUGAGCAAAGCUUCACUUCGCCAUGCUCGCAGGUGGGCUGCUUGCAUUCAUCAGCAAAAGAGUAUGACAAGCGUGACCGAGGAAGCGCCAGAAAUGCAUCCCUGUCAACACUUGAUCUGACGACAGCAUUCUUCUCUGAUCCAGUACCGGACCUGCAACCAUAUCAAGUCCCAGAUCCGGUCUCAAGAUGUCCUGCCGCAGCGUCCUUGGCACCAGGAAGGAGUGCGAGGCUUUUUAAAGGCGGCGGCAAACAAUGGGAACAGGAGCCGGACAAGUAUGUGAUGAAGAAAUGCUACUGGCCCGGAUUUGACAACGAUUCCAAAUUCAAAGUCUUCAUAUCCGAGACUCCAAUCCUGAUAGCGCACCUCCGCCCAUCGGAGCAGAAUGUCGCAUAUGACGCCAUACUGUCCGGAGCACCCGCACACAAGAUUCCCUCAUACUAUAUCUUACACCUGUCCCGACUCGCCAACAUCCGCCAGGCUAUCGCCAGCAAAACAACAAGCUGCCAAGAGGAAAUAGAGAAUCUACGCCGAGCGAGUGUUGCAGAGCGGAGCACGGAGUCGUUGAAGACUGAAUGCGUUGAUGGCGAGAAAGUGGACGAGGCGUUCCGUGCCUAUAAGAGGGCUAUCAAGGAGAAGCAGAAAGUAAAGGCGUGUGAGAGGGGGGUGAUGAGGUUGCUGGAGCGGUGCGAGGAUGUUCUCAAAAGGGGGGCUGGCUUCGAGCCACCUAUCCACCGUCUACUCUACCGCAGGCCUCGAAACAAAACCGCUCUCGUGUUCGACAUCCCAGCAACAGGAAAUGCAACCCGACAUCCCUCAGUCGCAGUAUUGAGCCUACCACUUAUGCCAGCGCAAACGCACAAGAUUCUGCCAAUGGAAAUAUGGCCCAUUGGCAUGUUUGAACCCGAAGUACGCACCACUGUCCGCACUCGCCCAGAUGCAGACGUGGGAUAUGAGCCGAGGAGGCGACGGCUGUUAUCCGUGGUCUGGAAGUUGACAUCCAUCGCGUUGAAGGGUGAAGCUCUGGGUGUUUGUGGUCUCAUGAAACAGUACACUUCCAACCCGGCGCCCGCCUCGAGUCAAAAGGCGCAGGAAAGUAAAGCGUGA